UUCGUGGUGUUUUAAAUGACUUUUUUUUAUUUUUAAAUAAUGCGUCAAGGUAUCAAGAGUCAGAGAGGUUUUUAUUUCCGAGUAGCAUGAUUCAAGGACGCAUAUAUUCUUUGGCGGCAUGACCGAACAACAUGUCGGAUCAACUUCAUCUUCGCUCGUUAACGAGGAGGAGUGAACGUUUUACGGAUCUGUCGCACAAACAGGAGUCAUACGAGCGGUACAAUUUAUUAACGAAAUCGGCUAAAGUAUCGACAUUUUUAUAGAAUUAUCGACAUAAAGAUCAGCCGAAUUUAAAAGAGUCACCGAGAAGAGGAGACGCUUGUCAUUUCGUGCUGAUUGUCCAGGUCGACAGGUGCACGACGAAGGUGUUGACUCAAAGAAAAAACUGCACUGUCAGUCGUUACGUCUAGCCCCCCUCUUCUGGGUCUGCUCGAACGGAGGAGUCGGCCAAGUCCGCGGUAAACGAACGAACGACAGUAACGACGGCUGGCAGACGACAUGGAGGUCGACGAAAACAACGCAACCAACUCCAAUAAUAAGGAGACCCCGGUAACAGCCUCCGGGGAAACGCCGAUGGAGAUCGACGAGGAUACUUCUGAGAGGAACCCUGCUAUGUCUGCGACCCCUACGAGCGCGAUCAAGGUCAUGGCAUCCUCUGGCACCGUUGGCUCGGUGUCCAUCAGUCUGCAUCCGUUAGUAAUCAUGAACAUCAGCGAGCACUGGACUAGGCUCAGGGCUCAGGAAGGCACUGACCAGUUGGUAUACGGCGCUCUGAUUGGUAAGCAGAAGGGUCGUAACAUAGAAAUAAUGAAUUCCUUUGAAUUGGUGUUCACUUGCAUCGGCGAUGAUGUGAUAAUUGAUAAAGAUUACUACAAUACAAAGGAGGAGCAAUUCAAGCAAGUCUUUAGCGAUAUGGACUUUUUGGGCUGGUACACUACCGGCGAUAUGCCCAACGAGAGAGACAUCAGAGUGCACAAGCAGCUCUGUGAAAUAAAUGAAAGCCCUGUGUUCCUGAAGUUAGAUCCAAGACCGAAGAAUACAGAUCAAUUGUCGGUUUCCAUGUACGAAUCAGUAAUCGACCUAGUCGGUGGUCAAGCCACCAUGUUAUUUGUUCCAUUAACUUAUACAUUAGCCACUGAGGAAGCUGAGAGAAUCGGUGUCGAUCAUGUCGCAAGGAUGUGUAACAUUGAUCAGGGUGAAAGUUCAUUAGUGGCGGAACAUUUAACAGCACAACACAGCGCUAUCAAAAUGUUGCACUCAAGAGUGAAACUUGUCUUGAGAUAUAUGCAGGCUGUGCAGAAUGGAGAGUUGAAAGGAAACCAUGAAGUACUUCGAGCGGCUUGUUCCUUAAGUCAUCGACUGCCUGUUCUAAAUAAUCCAAAAUUUAGAGCUGACUUUUAUAAUCAAUGCAACGAUUUCAGUUUGAUGACGUAUCUCGGUAUCAUAACUAAGGGCUGUAAUAAUAUAAAUCAGUUUGUAAACAAAUUUAAUAUCUUGUACGAUAGGCAAGGCGUGGGGCGGCGUCUACGAAGCCUCUUCUUCUGAUAUGUGAAUACAAUCUGUUGUUUUUA